CCAACUCCACCACACCACGAACCGAGUUACUGAGGAGGCUUUCGACUCAAGCCUCCAUCCGCCAUUUUCAGCAGAUUGAAAGCAGGUAGAGCACAAACAUCACAAGUCCCCGGUCAAACAAAGCAGGUCAUGGCUAUCACUGGAGGGACAGUGGAAACUCUGGAUGAAAUUCCAGCCCACAUGUGGAAGGGUUUGCCUGAAAGUUUGAGCCUCAGACCUUCUGCUAUAAAUCAAAGCCGCAUCGGUGUCUGGGCCACUCGGGUCAUUCCUAAGGGCAAGAGGUUUGGGCCAUUUGUUGGAGAGAAGAAAAAAAGGUCCCAGGUGACCAGUAAUGUUUACAUGUGGGAGGUUUAUUUCCCAGCGCGAGGCUGGAUGUGUGUUGAUGCCACAGACCCCAUGAAGGGGAACUGGCUGCGAUAUGUGAACUGGGCGCGCUCCAGUGAAGAGCAGAAUCUUUUUCCAUUGGAGAUCAACAGAGCCAUUUACUACAAAGUUUUAAGGCCUAUCGGGCCGGGAGAGGAGUUGCUGGUGUGGUACACAGUGAAAGACAACCCUGAGAUAACAGCUGCACUGGAGGAAGAAAGAGCCAGCAGUCUGAGCAGGAAAAAUUCACCCAGGGCGAAGCGAGCCAGAAGAAAGCUGCUGGAGAGAGCCAGACAGUCUGGUUUGGGUGGAUUCAAGAAAACAAGUGGAACCAAACCUACUGUCAAAGAGAUGUGGGAUGGGGAAGAAGGUCUGAAGGAGGAGGAAGAUGAGAGGCCAACAGCCUUAGGGACCUCGCAGGAACUCGAGGAAACACAUCCCAUGGGAAGCACUGACCAUAAAGAUGUACAAUAUAUAUCACCAGGAUUAAUGGACAGGGGAAAUGGAGAGGAGGAGGAGGAAGAAGAAGAUGAAGAGGAGGAGGAUGCAGAUGAUUUGAUGGAUCCAAUUGAGGUACAGCAGCAAACUGCUCAGCAUUCACCUGCAGCUAAUUCCAUCCAAAAUAAGCAGCCUGGGCCGUCGCUGACUUGUGGUGAAGAAAGCCAUAAGGAUUCGGAGCUAAAAUUACAGUCUUCCUCAUUUAGAGGGCAAGAACCAGAGGUCGAUCCCGAUCCUGAUCUUGACCUUGACCCUGACCCUGAUGGUGACCUUGAAAGUGAUCCUCAUGGAGAGUCAUAUCCCUGUCAGCACUGUGAACGUCACUUCUCCACCAGACAGGGUCUGGAGCGUCAUAUACACAUUCAUGCCAUCACCAACCAGCAAACACAACUGUUUAAGUGCCGGUACUGCAAUAAGUCCUUUGGCUCACAGGUGGGGCGGCGCCGGCAUGAGAGAAGGCAUGAGAGUGGGCUUAAGAAAAGGCCUGGCUCUCUGGCUGGAACUGCCAGUUUACUCGGUCCCAUGGUGCAGACUGACGGCUCAAGUCCUGACUGCACCAGCCCAACUAGUCAUUAUAUAGCAAUAGGGUCCCAGUUUACUGGUGGAGCUCUGCACAACUCUGAGAUGCAGAGAAAGGAGUUGGGGCCCCAUGCUGACCGUCCCUUUAUAUUGGAUGAAAAUGGGGAGUCAAAGGAACUCCAUCCUUGCAAGUAUUGCAGUAAAGCUUUUGGCACACAUACCAACAUGCGGCGACACCAACGCAGAAUACAUGAACGGCACUUGUUACCCAAGGGAGUUCGCAGGAAAGGAAUGCUGCUGCAAGAGGCAUCAGCACAGCAACAGCAGCAACCUGAUGAGUCCCCCAGCACCAGCCCUCCACCCGUCUAUGUGCCCAGUGCGGACACAGAAGAUGAGGCGGACCGAGACGAUUACGCAGUUGACAUAUCCAAAAACAUCUCUGAGAACCUGAGCUUCUACAUUGAUGGCAAAAUUGUGUCCAGCAGUUCAGUGAGCAGCUGUGAGGUGAUAGAGGUGGACUCAAGAUCUGCAGCUUUGUUUGGUCUGGACACGGUCAUAAUCAGCCCGAAUCAGAUCGGUCAAGCACUCAAGGUGGAGGGGAGAACUAGUGCUGCAAAGCAAGUCUCCAACAUCGGUCAGUCAGCAGCAAAGAGGAGGACAUCUACACCCCCAUUUGUUCCCAGCCUUAAAGUGGAGACAGAAUCAGCAUCUUUCACAGCCUCUUCGUCAUCUUCAUCAUCCUCUACGUCCUCCUCAUCUAACUUGCUAGUGGGAGGACUGUUCCAACAAGCCACAGAUUCAUCAGCGUUUCAAAGAGAGAAAACUGUUUAUCUCUCACCUAAGCUCAAACAGCUCCUUCAGACACAAGAUAUUCAGAAAUCCACCAUUACCCUGAUAACAGAAAGCCAUAGACUGGCCUCCCCGCUGUCAGUCACACCGCUGCAAGGGGCUUCAGGCAGGUUUAAAAGAAGAACUGGUUCUCCCCCAUCGUCUCCGCAGCUCAGUCCUACUUGUAAAACGGAGAGCUGUAAAGCUGAGGUGGCAAGCUCAUACACCCUUAAGGUGCCAAAGGUGGAAAGCCAUAGUGCAUCACCUCCUGGGAGCCUACUGGAUAAAGAUGAUGGGGAUACCCUAAGCCCUUCUGGAAAUAAUAUGCAUAGCCAAACUUCUUCUAGUAGCGGAGGAAAUUCCUGUAAUCAACAGCCCUUGGAUCUGUCAAACUCUGUCAGCAGGAAAAGUGACAGCUUGAACAAGGUGGUCGGGGAUUCAGCUCUUGAUUUAAGCUUGCAUCGUAAGAGCACCAACGAGCCUGAAUCAAAGGGAAGUCCAGCGCCACAGCCCUUAAUUAAAAAGAGAAAGCCUAACACCAGCAUGCUUGAAAAAGUGCUAAUGAAUGAGUAUGUAGGUCUAACUUUGCCAGGAGAGGAGGGCCCCUCAGUCUUAGCAAACCUAAGUCUUUUCCAUUCUCGCUCUCCAAAUGUUGCAUCAGAGUCUGCCCACCCCUCUCCGCCCUCUUUGACCCCUGUCACCAUGAACCCGUCUUCACCCGGUACCUCUAGUGUGACAUCCCCGACACCGCCUCCCCCUGUACUACCUACCAUACCAUCACCACUGGCUAUGCCUAGCUCUCCUCUCUCUCAGCCUUCUGACUCAUCUGCACUGAGACCUCUUCCUGUCCUCUCGCCAAAAAUGUCUCCAAGAUCAGAUGAACACAAACCCCUGUCAGACUCCGAGGAGAUUUCGUCAGCUGACGAAAACAAAGAUGAGGAAGAGGAUCACAUCUCUGAGCCGAUGGACUCCUCCAGCACUCUUAAAGACCCCCUUAAUUGUUCAACACCAAGCUCUCCUGAGCCUGCAUCAGUAGAUCAGCACGCUACAGAAGAUGUUUCUGUGACCACGACUUGCAACAGUCUGCUAAAUGGAAAAUUGAACCAAGACCUUGACUCAAAAACCGAGAAAUUUUUGAAAUCUGACUUUGCUGCUCUCCCACCCCAACCAGAAUCCUCAUCUUGUUCCCCAUCCCCUCCUCCUGCAUCACAUAAUCCAUCCCCAUCACCCGUUCCACAAUCCCUCCAUCAGAUUAAGAUAAAAGAAGAGCCUCAGCACUGCAUAGACAAAUUGUCAGUUAUGAAUCAUGCGCCUCAGGAUGGUGUUGACACUUCACCUCAGCCUGCUGCUCUUGAUAAACCGUCUGAUAAAUCCUCUGCAGUAGAGGAAGUUGACUCAACAUACUGCAAGACUUUUGUGUGUAAUGUCUGUGAGGAGCCAUUCAACUCCAUCAAAGAGCUCAGUGGACAUAUCAUAGAUCACGCUGCAGACUGGCCCUUCAAGUGUGAAUUCUGUGUGCAGCUAUUUGGUGACGCACCCGCCCUGCUGGCUCACCGGACAACACUACACGGAGUGGGCAGGAUCUUUGUGUGCUCCGUUUGUUCCAAAGAGUUUGCCUUUCUCUGUAACCUCCAGCAGCACCAAAAGGAUCUGCAUCCAAAUGAGACAUGUUCAAAUACUACUGUAGAGAGCGGCAAGCUCAGGCCACAAAAUUACACAGAUCCAUCCAGAGCCAAAGAGGAAAGCAGUCCCUCAACACCAGCACCAGAGAUGACUGAUGACCCUGCUCAGCACAAUGACUCUGAUUUAGCAAAAGAAGAACCUGAUGUUAAUGGAAAUCAUGCAGAGGAUGGAGCAGAGGACCCCAAUGAGGAGUUAUACACUACAAUAAAGAUCAUGGCCUCAGAAGGAGGGAAGCCUAAAGGCCCUGAUGUUCGCCUCGGCAUUAAUCAACACUACCCCAGUUAUAAACCACCCCCUUUCCCUUAUCAUAGCCGUUCCCAUGCUGGCUCUGUGGCCUCGGCUACUAACUUCACCACCCACAACAUACCACAAACUUUCAGCACUGCCAUUCGCUGCACCAAGUGUGGCAACAGCUUUGACAACAUGCCUGAACUGCACAAGCACAUUUUGGCCUGUGCCAAUGCUAGUGAUAAGAAGCGUUACACUCCCAAGAAAAACCCCAUCCCCCUCAAGCAAAUAGUGAAGAGCCCGAAUGGAGUCGUGUCACCCACAGCAGCCACUGCAGGCCAGAGUGCUUUCCGUAGAAUGGGUCAGCCAAAGAGACUUAACUUUAAUCAAGAUACUGGUAAAACAAGAAUGAGUGCCCUCAGUAAGAAGAAAAACCAGCUGGUCCAGAGGGCAAUUUCACAUAGAAAUAAAGCCGCCACUACUGCAAAGAAGGCUACCGUUAAAGUUGAAGAAGAGCAGCCCUCUAAUGUCUGCCCCCACUGCAGCCGGGAGUUUACUUAUCCUGCAAGUCUCAGUAAACAUAUGGCAGUCAGCUGUCCUAAGAAGCCUGUUGUGAAAAAGGGCAAAAAAGGUCUAGCAGAGGUGAAAAAAGAGGCAGGGUCUGUGGUAGAUAAAAACGUAAACCUUCGGAAGAAAGCUUCAGACUGUGAAAUACAGCAGACAGAGUUGGAGCCUAAACCCCUGGGAAAGACUCGAGCUCGUAGCUCUGGUGCAGCAGACCCUGAACCCUCCCUGGCAAGCAAAGGAAAAUACGCUGCUACUCUUGGCCGACUAAAGAGGCCUGCUUCGUUCCCAACCCCAGUUUCUGCUAGCAAAAAAACUAAGAAGAGCCAAGUUCAGUCUCUACCUCCCACCCUGUCAUCCCCGGACACUCCCAGUGACACUGCACAACAACGGCCAGCCAUGAGAAUGCAGCGUAUGGGUAAGGAGGCAGCACCCAAGAGAUUAGCAGAGGCCAAAUCACCACCACCACAGCUGAAGAAAGAGGAGCGGUUCUCCCUGCGAACAAGGGAGAGAGUUGGUGGUCCGGUCACCAGGAGCUUACAAAUGGCCAGUGCAGCUCCUUCUGCUGAGGUUAAAACUGAGGAACCACCAAUUCAAGAGCCAAGAGAGACUCAGGAGGUGCUGAUGAAGUGAGCCAUUUGGACUUUGUUGAACUUUUCCUGGGAAUAUGGUGCUCACCUUCUCAGGCAACGCUCUGGACUAAUCAAGGCACUGACAGCACCUGAGGUCGACCUCUUGUGGUGGGCUUCUUCACUCAAAACAAGUGAAGUUUGCUUGUCUCAGCUGCCUUUGCUGGAUUUAAGGAGGGAACUCUCUUUAUCUUCCAUCUAUCUUGUGAACUGAACUGAGCCUCGAUUUUAGCCAGCCUUGCAAAAAAAAGAAAAAGAAAAAAAAGAAAUAAGAAACUGUAAAUGACAUUGAGUUAAUAUAUACACUAUGUGUCAUUACUUGACCCAAAACAGUAACAUUAGGGCUCCGUUAUUUUGGAAAGCUGAUAUAUUGCAAAUGGCAAUCACGUAUCAGUUAGGGUUAGGGACACUUGUUUAUUCUUUCGUUCCUUAUUUUCCCCCUUUGGUUGUUUAGACUUUUGGAUGUUUCCAGAGUCUCUUAAUGCAUGUGCUGAAUAGAGUAUGAACUAGAUUAAGCCAAUUUCCAUGUCUCCCAAUGGGCACCUACUUCAGUUUAUACAUGAUUUGCAAAGUAUGUAUGUUUGAUUUAAAUUUCUGUAGUCAUUAUAUUGUAGAAUAUAUGUUAUUGGUGUAUGUUUUUUUUUUUUUUUGUUUGGGAAACAAAAAUGAAAAUGGCAGUUGUUUACUGCAACAAUUGGUCCUCAGGAACACUGUAUAUGUGUGUGGUAAGUAUGUGAAUGGUUAUGGUUGGAUGUGUGGCCUGACAGCUAUUCCUUUGGUCUAAAUCUCAAGUAUGUUUCAUGUUUUUACUUGCUUUCUCUGUUUUUUGUUUUGUUUAUCUGACAUUAGCAAGUAAUUCCAAUUGUAAAAUGAUGGGAAUUAUGUGUAAACUCCUUAAAAUAAUGUUGACCUUGAAAAUAAUUUUUAAUAUCACUCAUACAGCCCAGUGUUCUGACAGCACUUUAAAACAAACUGCCAAAAUUUCUAGCUGGAUCAGUAAGAUUGACUCAAUUAAACAGUGAAUAAUGGAAUGUAUUCAGGUCUGUUGCACUUUGCAGACACUGGUAAUUUGCACCAAAUUGGUGCAAAUCAUUCAUCUAGUCUCAAAUACUACUUUUACAGCGUUUCUAUCAGCAAAUCACUAAAUUGGUUGUCUCCAUUAAGCAAUUUGAUAAAUGAAAAUGACACAUGAACCAGUUUCUAUGGCCAAAAUGCAUGAUAAUGACUCAGAUCCUAGAAGAAAAGUUGAAUGCUUCAUUAUUUUUUUUUUUAUUUUAUCCGUUCGAAGUGGACUUGUGAAAAGUUGCUUCAUGUGUCGAUUUUCUUACAAGAGCAAUGCCGCAGUAAUGUAAUUGAAUGAUUUUUCUUCCGAAGACAAAAGUCAUCUUUGUUUCAGUGAGUCGAUAUAUUUGGUCAGACUGUACAUGAUGAAAACGUUGCUAAGUCCCUGCCAAUGAAAAGCUUUUUAUUUUUAGUUUUAUAGUCUCUCCAGUGCUGACCCCACUUCUUCAGUCUUGACCAUAUUCCUUGUACCACAGAGACACACACACAGGCAGUGCUUAAACGCUUGUAGCAUGUUAUGGGAAAAUAAAUUGAACAAUAUGAUUUGAAGCUAAUUUAUACUUCCACGAGAAAAUUUCAUGUUUUGCCUUUCAGCAUCAAGAUUAUGUAUUUAAGGAUGAACAAAGACAAAAAUCCCGAAUGACCUCAAGUAAGACAUUACUGUAAUUGACAUAAUAAAAAACAAAAAAGUUUUUCAA